UUUUGUUUAUUAAUAUUAUAUUAAGGUUGGUCCAAGAAAUUUAAUUACAACAAUGAGUUCUAAUCAAUUAGGCGGAGCUGUGGAAGAAACAUUUAAGUCGAGCCCUUUCAAAUUCUCUAAAACAAAAUUUUUUCAUGGUGGCCUAGAAGUCAGUUCUGAAGACAGUUCCUCACCUAUAAAAGAAGUUCCAGAGGAAGAAGCUCCAAGUGAUCAAUUCAAUCUUCAGAUUCCGACUGCAUCUCAGCUUCAAGGGAGGGUUACGAACGAAUACUAUGAGUAUAUACAAUUAAAUCAAGGAAUAAGCCAAGGUCGUGUAGAAGCCGUGAAAGAUUUCUUGAACCGUUGGCCGGACGCAGUGGAUAAAUUUAUAAACCCUUACGAGACGCCAUUGUUAAAGGCUUGCGCAUAUGGAAACCCCGAGAUUGUUAAAUUGCUUCUGCGUCGUAUGACACCUGAACAAAUGCUUCCCAAGAUGAGCCAAAGCGCUUUUUACAACACGCCUCUUACUAUCGUUGCUGUUAGUGGAAACAUGGAGAUUGCUGAAGCCUUAGUCGCCAAGAACCCUAAACUGCUAGAGAUUCCUGGAAACAAUGGAGAGAUUCCUGUUGUGGUUGCGGUUGAGAACACGCAGAUGAAGAUGGCUCGCUAUCUUUACAACAGAACUCCGGUUCAGGUGUUACUUGACAAAGACGGGUUUCACGGUAUCUUGCUAUUUCUCAAUGCCAUCUACUAUAAAAAGCUCGACAUGGCCUUGGAUCUGUUCAACAAAAGCAGACGCUUAGCCGUCACAAAACACUUGCAAAUCGAUUCGGUUCCCAUCAUUGUCUUGGCUUCAAAGCCAGAUCUUUUUCCCGGUGGCUGCUAUCUUGGACCAUUGAAACGCUUCAUCUACUCUUGUAUACAAAUAAAGCAGCCAACUUUUCCAAAGCCUUCUCGUUCUAACAAAGAUCAUCAGACAGAUACCCUAAUGGGGAAACUGCUCAAUUGUCUCUCCAAAUGGACCGGGAUAGAUGAAGUGUACCGACUUAAGGUCACGCAUCUACUAGCAAAGAAACUUUUACGUGGAAUAUCAGAAGAAACAUUGGCCUUGGGCUUGAAGGAACGUUCUGAGUCAGUGGAUGAGGCUUUACUCUUUGCAGUAAGAUAUGGGAAUGUUGAUUUCUUGGUGGAGAUGAUCAAGAACAACUCCGAGCUUCUAUGGUCCACGGGAACUAGUACGCUGUUUAACACUGCCGUCGAAGUCAGACAAGAGAAGGUGUAUAGUCUCCUCUACGGUCUGGGCGACAGGAAGUACUUGUUUCUCGCCGACAAGAACAGUGACGGGAAUAGUGUGCUUCAUCUCGCUGGCUAUCCUCCUCCUAAUUAUAAGCUCGCUACGGUCGUUAGCGCAACGUUGCAGAUGCAACGCGAGUUACAAUGGUUUAAGGAGAUGGAGAGAAUCGUGCCGGCGAUCGAAAAGGAGAGAGUAAACACAGAAGAUCUAACACCGAUAGAGAUAUUCAGAAAGGAGCACGAAGCAAUGCGACUAGAAGCUGAGAAGUGGAUGAAAGAUACGGCUAUGUCUUGCAGCUUUGUAGCGGCUCUCAUCGUCACGGUCACCUUCGCGGCAAUAUUCACCGUCCCGGGCGGCACGGACGAAAAUUCACGCGGUAGACCCUUUCACCUACAUGAACCAAAAUUCGUCAUAUUCAUCGUCUCCGAUCUGAUAUCGUGCUUCGCCGCAUGCACGUCCGUCCUCAUCUUCCUCGGGAUACUCACCGCGAGAUACGCCUUCGACGAUUUCUUGUUCUCUCUGCCUGGGAAAAUGAUCGCUGGACUUUCGACAUUGUUUGUCUCGAUAGCGGCGAUGCUUGUGGCAUUCUCGUCGUCCCUAUUCACGAUCUUUAACGUCCCUUGGAUCGUUGCUCCGACGAUCUUCCUCGCUUGUUUCCCGGCGCUGUUGUUUGUUCGGAUUCAGUAUCCUCUCCUCAAGGAGCUCUACUUCUCCACUUACGGCAAAAAAAUCUUCGACCGAAAGAUGAAAUCUUUGUUUUAACAUAAUUACAUAAAGUGUGUGUGUGUUUGCUUAAAGUGUACGUGUUUUAAAUCUUUUUUUUUUUUUGGGUGAAUUUGAAAAUUAAACCCCUCAUGAAACGAGAAAAUGCUAUUGUGCGAGAGUUCACUUUUCCUUUCUUUCCCAUGUGGUUUAAGAUUACACGAUUCUUCCUAA